AUGGUGAGCAUCACGCUGACCCCGCUGACAGCAGACGUGCUCGACUCGUUCAACAAGCCCAAGUCUGCGCUUGGCAAGCGGCCACAGGGCGCCUCUACUUCUGCUUCGGCUUCCCCCGCGCCCAAGGCACCUGCACCCGGAGGCCCCAGCGGUCCCAGCGCUGAGGGCAGCGAAGAGUUUGAAGCCCAGCUGAUCGAGGGCAUGGAGUCGUUGCUGCGCCAGCUCGCGAACGAGAACCCGCCCGGGCCCAUGGCCGGCGAGACGAGCGCGAAGGCGGAGUCGCCCAAGAAGCUCAGCGCCGAGGAGGAGGAGAAGGCGUUCCAACAGGCGCUCGAGGCGAUGCUCAGCGGCGAGGGGCUCGAAGCGCUCGGCGUGGACAAGAAGAACCCGCGCGCGCCCCCCGCGCCCCCCAAGCCCGGCAAGCCGACGAGCUUCGAGGAGACGAUCAAAAAGGCGAUGGAGAACAUCAACCAGGGCGGCUCGAACGCCGGCGGCGGCAGCGACGGCAUGCCGGGCGACCUGGCCGCGCUGCUGCAACAGCUGAGCACCGACCCCUCGGCGCUCGACGGAUUAGAGGGGCUCGGCGACGACGACGACGAGCUCGGCGGCCUGCUCGACGGCAUGAUGGCGCAGCUCAUGAGCAAGGAGGUGCUCGAGGAGCCCAUGGCAGAGCUCGCGCAAAAGUACCCCGAGUACCUCGCGAACCCGCCGAAAGACGUCAGUGCGGCGGACAUUGAAAAGUACAAGAAGCAGCACGAGCUCGUCAAGCAGAUUGUCGACGUGUUCAAGCGCCCAAACUACGAGGACUCGGUCGACGGCAAGGAGGUCGCGCGCCUCGUCGGCGAGAUGCAGGAUCUCGGCGGCCCGCCGAACGAGAUCAUGGGCGAGCUCCCCGAGGGCUUCGACCUGGGUGCGCUGGCCGGCAACGAGGGAUGCGUCGUCAUGUAA